AUGAAUGGACAAGUAGAAAUCUCUAAUAAAGAGAUUAAACAAAUUCUAGAGAAGGUAGUCAAUCCCAACCAAAAAGAUUGGUCGGCAAGACUGGAUGAAGCUUUGUGGGCAUAUCGAACAUCUUUUAAAACACCAUUGGGUAUGUCACCUUUCCAGCUGGUUUAUGGUAAACCAUGCCACUUGCCUGUUGAACUGGAACACAACGAAUUCUGGGCAAUCAAGAAACUUUAUAUGGAUUUGAAAUCUGCUGGAAAUAAUCACUUACUGGAGCUAAAUCAGAUGGACAAAUUUCGAACUCAAGCCUAUGAAAAUGCCAAGAUAUAUAAAGAAAUGCCAAACGAUGGCAUGACAUCUCAGUUGUCAGGUCCAUUCGAAGUUGUUCAGGUAUACCCUCAUGGAGCAGUAGAUGUCAACGACAAACAAAAUGGGUCUCUUUCAAAGUCGAUGACCAACGAUUAA